GGCAAGCAUUUAAAGGAGACGCUACUGCCACAGACCUAGUAGACCCGCGCAGAUCCACUGUUUGCGAUGAUGCUGAAGAUGCAGGCUCCUCUUCUGAUGGCCUUGGGCCUACUUCUCGCCGGCCCUGCGGCCCAUGCACAUGUCCCCGUUCGCGUUCCGGUGAACCCGAUAGGUAGAUUUUCCUGGGAGAACUGCAAUGGCAGGAGGGACCCUGUGCUGCUCAAAAGCAUGACUCUGGAACCUGACCCCAUUAACUUUCCUGGGAACGUGACUAUCAGCGCCGAGUUCCAGAUCCGUGUCCCCCUCAGCAGUCCUCUGAAGGUGGAAUUAACUAUAGAGAAGGAAAUGGCCAGCUUCUGGGUCAAAGUUCCAUGUAUGGGCCAUGCUGGUAGCUGCACCUUUGACGACAUCUGCCAAAUAUUAGACGUUUUCAUCCCCCCCGGACAGCCGUGCCCAGAGCCCCUGCAUACCUAUGGGCUUCCCUGCCACUGUCCCCUCAAAGCAGGCACCUACUCAGUGCCCAAGUCUCAGUUCACCCUGCCUGACAUGGAGCUGCCCGGCUGGAUCAGCUCCGGGACCUACCGCAUCCAGAGCAUCCUCAGCAGCGGUGGGAAACGUCUGGGCUGUUUCAGGAUCUCUGCUGCUCUGAAGGGCGAGUAAAGUGGCACCAGCCACAGCAGAAUGAAAGGGGUCAAAUCCAUAGUGUCUGACGCAUGGACCAGGCUCUUCCAGGGCUCGGGGAGGGGGAGGCAGCCUCUCAGGAUGGGAGCUGCAAGAAUCACGAGGCCGCCUGCCCCUGUCUAGGAGUGCUGUCAGGGUGAAUGGGGAAAACCCUGAAGAUUUGGAACACACCAGCAGCUGCUCUGUGGAGCAAGGAUCCCAUGAAGAGGGGGGGACCAUGAAGGGAUCCCAUGAAGAGGCCAUCGUCCCAUCCUCCACACAGCCUACUGACCUAUGGAUCGACCCCAGCUUCUAUGGAUCGACCCCAGCUUCUGGGCUCAUUUGAAGCCUGGAAUGGCAAUAAAGCUUUUU